AUGUCAUUCGCGCUCCCAGGCGAAGAACCGGACCUCGAGCUCGAAGCGAGCCGAGUCGAAAUCGCCUCACCACCCCCAUUCAGCGUCAACCGGAACGUGCACAACGACCUCCUCCUCUCACACCUCGAAAAGCGCUACACAACAGUCUCCAUCCCUUCGACGUACGGCCGCCUCUACUCCAGCCCUGCGCCCGGCACAGUCGCCGGUAUUGUGAUUGGCAGCGUGGGCGGCGUCGUCCUGCUCUUCUACCUGACGUUCCUCGCGCUGAAUCCCGGCGGUCUUGCGCGUGGCAGUUCGUCGGAGAUCGAUGAGGAAGUUGUCGUGCGCAGUCGGCCGGGUUCGCGGCGCCACGAGGAUAUGAUCGAGGUAGUGGAGGAGCGAGAUCGGCGCCGCGAUAGCUAUCGUCGGAGGCCGUCGCCACGCGAUCAGAUCAUUGUUGAGGAGUCGAUGACUGGAUCACAUACGACGGAUAGCCGUAGGAACGAUUUUGUCGAGGUUAUUGAAGAAGAGUCAUCUGCGAUAUCAUCUGCCUCUCCAAGGCCGCCGCGUAGGAGGUCGAGGAGUCGGAGGUCUGGCGUGAGGAGUGUCAAUCCUCAUGACCAUGGCGGUGGCAGUGAUUUCAGUGAAUACUGA